AUGAGCGUAUGCUAUGAGGGCAUGAUGGGCCAAUCUGAUGUCGUCACGACGACGCUGGAGAUGAUGCGACCCACGCUGCCUGAGGAUGCGCCCAAGGAGAUCCCGCUUUUGGCGGGCGAGCGCAUGUUCGGGCAGAUGCCGCUCAUCUUCGCCACCUACCCGGCCAUCGCCAUGCGCCUGGCCAAGGCGGACGAGCGACGGCUCAAGAAGUCCCUGGCGGAGGCCAUUUCCAUGGUACCCACCGCGGCGGGCCGAAUCCGGGACGACAAGGUCGAGCUGGCCUCGGAAGGCGUGCCCUUUGUGGUGGCGACCUCCUCCAAGCCCAGCGCGCCCGCGGUCAUCGAGGAGUGGCAGCUUCCAGAUUUUGCCAUCAUCCACCGCCCGCGGGGAGUUCGAAACGGACAUCAACCGCUGAUGACGGUGAAGCUGACGGUGUACCAGGACCACAGCGCGGUCUUGGCCUUCUCCAGGUCCCACAUGCUCUUCGACGGCUCCUCCGCCUGGACCUUCCUGGGGCUCUGGGCCAGCUUGGCCAAGGGCGAUACCAUCCGGGAGCCCUGGUGGCACAAAGACCAGGUGGAGAAGCAGGUACCCGGCGACAAGGAGCUGCCGGAGCUGGCGAAGCGCGUCUUCAACAUGACGCUGGAGCCCUCGAUGCUCAACUCCUUGGUGAAGAAAGUGCUGAUCCCCACGAUUGGCCCUUUGGUGGACACCAUGUUCCUCCACGCCCGGUACUCCCUGUACCGCCCGGUGCUCUUCUUCUCGGACGCGGAGCUGGCGGCGCUGAAGGAGGCGGCGACGCCCAGGAAGCUGGAGCCCGGCCAGGACGACUGGGUGAGACAACCCAGGAGGCUUUUUGCGCAUACGUGCUGCUGA